UCAGCCAUUUCCAAAAGAGUCAAAGAUGGUAGAUGGAAGAAGGAAGGUAGUAUUAAUACGAGGAUUAAGGAAAGGGAAGCAACAAAUGGAUGAAAAUGGAAAUCAGAGAGUUUGGGAGGUGGGGAUUAAGCAGAAGCGAGUAAGGGGCACGAAAGGCAAGGGAAGUGGUUAAAGUUUCACAAAGCUGUUUUGAGUUGCCGCAAGAAGACGAAAUUCCGAUAUUCGUCUUCAAAAUCAACAUGGCUUCUCCACCCCAACUAAACCAACCCACCUUGUCCUUUCCACACUCUGUUGUUUUCUUUCACCACCGCACUGUAAAAAUUAAUCAAUUUAUAUUAUUUUAUCACCGUAAUACAACACUAUAACUACAGUAAGAUGUUUUUGUUAUAUGUAUUUGUUUGUUCUCGUAUCUUUCUCGCGCUUUCAUCUUCAUUCUCUUUCUUUCUUUCUCCACUCUAAUAUUCUACUGUUUAUUCUUCGUGGGAGACUAAUUGUAAACAAUAUAAUGCACUCAACUCAACCUCCACCCACUAACGGAACCGAUGAGGCUUCUACCCAGGUUGAUAUCCAAAUUGAGGCCUCCUCAAAUGAUAAAAUUUCAAAUACAGCACCAAGUGCAAAGCGCUCUGAUCUUUCACUUCAAAUACCCCCUAGGCCAGUAGGUUUUGGUAGCAGCAGAAGUGGAAAGUUACCACUCCAGUCUCAAGGCUCCAUUAAAGGUAGUUUAUCACCAGGAGGUUUCUUGCGGGGUUUAAGCUUUAAGAAGAAAGUUCUUGUGCCCGAUGGUGAAAGAAGCUCCCUUCUUGGUACUGACUCUCAGACAGCCUUGGAAAGUCCUUUUGUAGCCAAUAUUUCAUCUGCAUUUUCUGGGCAAAGAUGUGCAUCUCUUCCUGUUACACCUGCAUCAAACUUGUCUCCCUCGGUUUCUCUGCCUGCUUCAGCAAGAACAUCUAGUGAACAAAUGAAAUCAAAUAAAGGGGCAGCACAUGCUGGGGUUUCAAGGUCCCUGUCUGUGCCUGGAAGAACUGUCAUUAUUGUGCGAUCUGUAUCUUUACCUACCCCUAAAGAUCAUGACAUUACAGAUAUUAAUGAUGAUCAAAUAGUGCCUGCUCCCACAGAAGACAGUGAUGAGGAGAUUGCUGAAGAGGAAGCUGUGUGCCGCAUCUGUCUUGAUGUAUGUGAGGAAGGAAAUACUCUCAAAAUGGAAUGCAGUUGCAAAGGUGCCCUUAGACUUGUCCAUGAAGAAUGUGCAAUUAAAUGGUUUACCAUGAAAGGGAACAAAAACUGUGAUGUGUGUGGGAAAACGGUGCAAAACUUACCUGUAACAUUGCUUCGGGUGUCGAGCUCUGCUCAAAGGGGCAAUAGGCAGGAACGCAGUCAACAGGCUUUACAUUCACAAUCAGUAAGUGCCUGGCAGGACUUUGUGGUGCUUGUCUUAAUUAGCACAAUAUGUUAUUUCUUCUUCCUUGAGCAGCUGCUGAUUCAUGACUUGAAGACUCAAGCAAUUGUACUUUCAGCACCAUUUGCAUUUACCCUGGGCCUUUUGUCAUCGAUCUUUGCAGUCAUUCUGGCAAUCAAGGAGUACAUAUGGACUUAUGCAGCUCUUGAGUUUGCUCUUGUGGCCAUAAUUGUCCACAUAUUCUAUUCUAUUCUUCAUCUCAAGGCCAUUUAUGCAAUACUGCUUUCAUCAGUUUUGGGUUUUGGAACUGCGAUGAGCCUCAACUCAUUAUAUAUCCAAUAUAUUGCUUGGCGUGUUCGAGUUUCAGCAAAUUCUAGCCCAGCAUGACUAACCACCUCAGGGAAACAAGGUCGUGCGAUUUUGGAGUUGCUAUUGCUGAUGAAAUUAGGAUUUACAUAUUUGUUAGCAUAAGGCAAAUCGACCCAAGCAAGGGAAAAAAUAUGUAGAAAUAUAACCAAGUUUUUUUUCUCAAAACAACUUCAUGGCAUGUUAUCACAAACGAAGAGAAUGGUGGGGGGGUAUAUUUGGGGCAGUCACUCAAAUUAUGUGCAUCAAUAUUAGUUCAUGCCAAAUUUUCCAGCAGUUUCACUAUUGCUGUGGUUUGUUUUCUUUCUCAUAACGAGCGGCCACACAGGAAAUCAGUCAUGUUUCUCUUUCUAUUCUUGUUUGUGAAAAAUAAUAGUAUAUUUAUAGAAACAAAUUUUAUUUACUUAA